CUGAGUAUUACUUUUUGCUUGCAUUUAGAUCCACGACUCACUGAACUGGAUAAUGAAGGCGAUGGCACGCGUGAAAAUGGCCAAUGAGGACCCUCCACUCAUUGAACACAAACAAACUACCUUGUCAAGUAAACAAUGAACAAACUACCAUUAAAAUGCAGUACUGUACCAAUGUUGACCAUUUCGACUAUUAUAAUGCACGUUUUAAAGCGAAUAAUGGGGAAAUAUUCAUUAUAAUGCAUUGCAAGCAUAUAUUAUAUGAACCAUUUGACUAUUUCAUGCGAAUGUUUUUUUAAAGCUUCAAAUUCAUUCAUAAACUCUUGUGAGCUAAUGAAAAUUGUAUUCCUGUAUUUAUUCUAUAUGUUUCAUGAUUAUUUCUACCGUCCUUAAGUCAAAAAUAUUCUUUCAAAUUACCCUAAUCUCAAUCAUGAUCAUUCUUUGUGAAAUACUGGAGGGAUCUGCCAGGAUCAUCAAUCUCAAAGAUCUUGCCAAUUUUAUAUAGAAUCCAAUUUCAAAUUCUAGUAGUUCCUGUUUCCAGGUUUUUUCAGUGCAAAACAGGAUACUGUUCAGGAUUUCUUUAAAUUCCUGUCCGAAUAUUAUUGUAAGAUAAGAAUUCGGGAUCAUUCCAGGGUUUACUCAAGCUCAUAUACAGGAUUCUCUCAAAGCAAUGAAGGAGCAUUCUUCAAAAUACUUUAUUCAAUUCUUUUGAAGAUCUAGGUCAAAUUUUCCCAUCAGGAUGCUGCCAGGAAUAAUGGGCAUGCCAGACGAGGAUCUCAGAAAGAUAUUAGCCAAAUCCGCUGGAAUGCGAAACUUCCCAAUGCUGAAAGCUUCACUCAGGGUUUUGCUAAGAAAAUCUUUUCAAGUUACUGUUUAGCCAACUCAGUUGUGUAUAUUUAUGGAGAAUACCUAAAAGGAUCUUCCAGGAUUUUACAUUUCACGAAUCAUGUCAAGUUUCAUUCAGGAUUGCAUACAGAUAUUGUUCAAUUUCUUGCUCGAAUUCUUUUGUCAAUUGAAUUUGUAGAAUCCUGUUGAUAUUAACAGUGAAUCCUAUCCAGAAACCUGGCAAAAAUCAUAGAGAGGAUUUUGCCACGAUAUCAAUAUAUUUUAGUCAAGAUCUGUUCAGCAUUCGAAUAUGAUGAUCUUGAGGGUAUGAGUGUGGGAGUGGGUGUGGGUGUGGGUGUGGUUUUCUGUGCCAAUUUUCCUGGCUGCUUCAUCCACACCGACAACCGCACUCGCCCCUACACCCACAACCACACUCGACCCAACACCCACCCCCACCCCCCCCCCCCCCAGCCGCGUAACCAGGGGGGGAGGCAAAUGGGCAAUUGCCCAUUUGAUUUUGAGCCUUGCCCAUUGUAAUUUUCAUUAGUUAAUUUUUGCCCAUUGAAAUUUUACUUUUUCACAAUUAUUUACUUUUAAAUAAACUAGCUACUGUCCUUUUUCUUUCGUUUGAAUCGCAUAAGUACCCUUUCCUUAUUCUUAUGAAUAAUUAAUAGAAGAUAACAGAACAAAAAAAAUAACCAAUGCAUAAUUGUACAUACUUAUCUAUAUGUAUACUAGUGCUUUUCUAUUAUCUUCUCUCAAAAUACUGACAUGAAAAGAAAACGAUUGAACAAUAACCUAUCUCGUUCAGUUUACCUUCUUGUUUCUUCUUUCGCGCUACUAUAUUAUAAGAAAAGCUUAAACAAAAAAGAAAAACAACAAAUAUGCUUAUAUAAAAUUGCGCACUUACACUUAUUAUUUUGCUGCUCUCUUUUGUCCUGUUUUAAAAGACUUAUACUAAGCCAUGCCACUGGGAAACGACCAAAUACGCAGCGGCGGAUUCAUAAAAUCAGUAAGGGAGUAGCACUCCUGGCCGAAAAGCUUUUCUUGAAGCCUAUUUGAGGCAAUACGACUCUUGUGUUUCAUUAUUGCUGGGAAAAAUCAAAAACAUUUCGUGAAGGGGGUGCCCCUCGCCAGUUAGCUGUAAUGGUAGAUUCGCCAGUGUCAAUACGUUAUUAGGUCAUCACUUUUCAUCGAAAUAUUGAAAUUAUAUGUAAAAAUAUACAAUCGUCGUCUUGAUUUUGGUGUUUGAAUUUCAAAACUAAAUGUUAUAAAUAGAGACUGAAGAUGGAACAAAAUAUGUCUAACUAAGAAAGUGUGAGGAAGGCUUAAAAUCUGAGUUUCAUUUCAUAUAUAUUAGGUUAAAAGAAUCUCAUAUUUUUUGUGUAGUUAAAUGAACAUCAUUUUAUUUUAUUUUAUUUUGUAUUUUUUCUAUGUUAUCAAUACUUUGUUGGGUUAAAAAAUUUUGGCCCAUCAAUGAAAAUCUUGCCCAUUUUGCCCAUGGUUUUUUUUUGACUUAAUGGAAGUUUGCCCAGUGGUCUAAAAAUCCUGGUUACGCCGCUGACCCACACCCUAUAGAUAAGAAUGGAUUUCUUAUUUUAUUUAUAUUAGAAAUUUUAUGCUAAUCAUCCAAAUCCAUUAUUGAGUGAACCAAUUGGAAACGUUCUUCAACAAAUCAAAAUUCGUCGACUCGUUCUUCAGCAUCUUGAACGUAAAAUCAAUGACUUUCUCAGUGUUUAA